CACGGCAACUGGUCACAUCUAAAUUGACAAGACGUAAUCAAACUACAAUACUCACUGUAUUUAUUUACAAAAUUACUUAACCAGAACGAUGAGAGCUGGGGCACACACAUUCUGGAUGUCUUUAUAACCCCAAUUGGCUGAGGGUGAUAAUUGGACGAAUCAAUAAUUACUUCAAUCGAAACGCAGCGCAGAUCGGUGCCCAACUCCAGUGGUCUUCAUUCGUGAAAGGUGUUGUGCCACUGUCAGACGCUUCCGAAAUGCAAUUGUUGGCUUGGAUAUAUCUACUAGGGUGGUUCUUGCCCUUGGCUAGAGGUGCCUACGAUGCUGUGCUCCCUUCGGUGGGUCAGAAUAUUACGGAGUUCUUGCACGCCCGCCAGAAGCGCCAUCAAUUGAUCUACAGGAAUGGCGGUACCAUCCGCUUGGUGGUGGGUCCAGUGGUGGCCACCCAAUUGGAGGAUCCUGUCACCUGGCGGAGCAUGGUCUACUACUAUGUGCUUCACUUUGGAGCGUUUACCUUGCCAUCGGCUCCGCUUUAUCCGUGGGACAAAUGGGAGACUAUCUACGAGCGAUCUCUUCAGGAGAAGAUCAGGAGCUUGGAUGAAUCACACGAGGAUGAUACCCGAGUGUUUGUCUACGCUGCCUUGGAGAAUUACAUGGACCAAGUCAGUGGAUCGGUGGGUCGAGGUCGUCAGUGUUUGUUGCGCGGGAUCUGUGAGAAUGCCCAGGUUCAUCACCAUGUGGGAAUUAUGUCGGAACUACUCAACGUUCUGCUGACACCUGGUAAAACGCGUUUGGAUUUGGCCUAUACAGAUGCCGUAAGAGCUGGACAAGCGGGCAUUAACUGUGUUGAUCAGUUUCCGGCUUGUCCCAGGGGUGAGAGUGUCCUGGAUGCCUAUACAGUUGAAUUGGAUUACUAAUAUUUCAUAGAGCUUUGCGGGCAAAGCUUUUACUACCUAUAAAUUAUUACUGCCACAUAUUCUAUUAUCCCGAAGAUUCCCUCUAAAGUCUCAAAUAAAUCCAGAUAACUCACCGAUUAUCCUUGAUUAUUGCUGUUCUCAGUUAGAUCAACAGCAAUCACUCGUCAACUUUACACCCAUCACAAUCAGUCUCAACCAUCUUGGCUUCACGUUGAAUUUUUAACACUGAUUGCAAGUGAUUUGUGCUGCUGAUGCUGCCACUGCCACGCCUUCUUCCUGCUCCCCCACCUGGGAAUUCCGGUUCUGGUAAACCAGAAACAUGACCGUGUGCGA